CCCCCCAUUUGCUCUCUCUCUCUCUCUCUCUCUCUCUCUCUCUUCUCUGUUCUCUGGCGACACCCACAAACCCUCACAGAUUUUACCACUACUACUAUUUUAAAAACCAAAACCCCCCUUUACCAACGAGAUCUCUCUCUCUCUCUCUAACUACAACUGUCAUCACGGCCAACCAAUCCAGGUACCCAUUCCCCCUCCUCUCACCCUCACUCCUCGAUCCCUAGGGUUUUACUCUCUCUCUCUCUCUAUCUAUCUAUCUACAUAUACAUACACAAGCUGUAUCUAUACAUCACUCUGUUCUUCAAGUUUCCUUUCGAUGGCUUCUGAAACCCUAGAGGAGGCCAAACAAGACGAUAUAGCUAAUGUCGAAGACAAAGAGGAAACGAAGGAAGAAGAAGAUGAAGAAGAGAUAGAAGCUGAAGUGAAAGAAUCAGGCGAUACGGAAAUGGCGGCGGAGGAAGAGGAAGAACCUGAAGAGAGUAAGGAGAAGGAAGAAGAGGAGGAGGUUAGCAAGGAGGUAAAGAGAGGCAGAAAAGGAGGUUCGAAGAAAGCUGCGAAGGUGAAGAAGAGUGAGAAGAGAUUGAAAGAGCCUGUUACGCCGAUCGAUAGGCCGUCCAGGGAGAGGAAGACGGUAGAGCGGUACUCGGAGCCCUCAACUGGGAGAAGUGCGAGCAAGGGUUUGUCAAUUGAAAAGGGUCGAGGCACGCAGCUUAAAGAUAUUGCGAAUGUGGCUUUCAAGUUGUCCAAGCGAAAACCUGAUGAUAACUUGCAGAUACUUCACACAAUUCUUUUUGGAAAGAAAACAAAGACACACAGUUUGAAGAGAAACAUAGGGCAGUUUUCUGGUUACGUAUGGGUUGAAAAUGAGGAAAAACAGAGGGCAAGGGUUAAGGAGAAAAUUGAUAAAUGUGUUAAGGAAAAAUUGUUGGAUUUCUGUGAUGUCCUCAAUAUUCCAAUUAACAGGGGCAAUGUGAAGAAGGAGGAACUUUCAACAAAGUUAUUGGAGUUUUUGGAAUCUCCACAUCCUACCACAGAUACUUUGCUUGCUGAUAAGGAACAGAAAGGAAAAAAGCGAAAGGGAAAGGCCACAACAAGCAGAAUUGCAAGUUCUGGGGAGGCAUCUGAAGAGGCAUCAGUUAAGAAGCGGAAGCAAACCCCUCAAGUUGGGGUAAAGCGCAAGCGUUCUUCCAAAACUGAGGAAGAAGAAGUGGAUGAUAAAGUUGAACCUUCAGACACAAAAAAUGAAUCUCAAGAUGAUGAUGACAAUGAUACAAUUCCUAAUGAAGAGAGUGAGCACGAGGAGAGUAAAUCUGAAGAAGUGGAAGAAGAAGAUGAGCCAAAGGAGCAGAUGCCAAUUGAAAAAAAAUCUUCCAAAACGAAUGUGAAGAAGGAUUCUGGGGCUAAAAUUAGUGCGAAAUCUAUAUCUGCCAAGAAGGGAACCCCUGAAAAAUCUGUCAAAAGCCCUUCAAAAUCUACUAAAAAAUCUUCCAGUUCAACUUCGAAGAAAGGUACUACUGAUGCUGAUGGAACUUCUGGACCAUCUUCCAAACCCAAGGUCUCUGCAGCUAAAAGGCAAAAGGUGGAAAAGAAAGGUGGGGACCAAAGUGCCUCUGCCAAGGAGAAAGUAACAAGCAAGAAACAACCAAGCAAGUCUUCUUCAAAUGUAUCAGCAAAGGAUCAAGGAAAAGGAAAAGCUAGCAAGAAGAGCAAGCCGGAACCCAGCAAAGAAGAGAUGCAUGCUGUCGUUGUGGAUAUUCUGAAGGAAGUCGACUUCAAUACUGCAACUUUAUCUGAUAUUCUCAGGCAACUUGGGACCCACUUUGGCGUGGAUCUAAUGCACAGAAAAGCAGAAGUGAAGGCUAUAAUUACGGAUGUUAUAAAUAGCAUGUCUGAUGAGGAAGAUGAUGGGGAUGAAGCUGACAGUGGAGAUGAUGCCGAGAAAGAUGAGGACAAUGACAACGAUGCUUAACCCAUUAAUGACCCUUGUAAGACAGUUGAAGUAAUGCAAAUUCACUCACCAUGGCCUAUCUUCUUGUACAACGGUUCGCUCUUAACUUUUCCAAAUGUAUGUCCUAAGUUAGGUUUGUCUGUACCAUAUACAUUAAUCCCUUAGGUGCUUUACCCGAGAUCCAAGUUCUUUUCUCUUUAAUUAUAACUUUUUUUGUAAUUGUGCUUAGUUGGAAUUUUUUUUUUGUUUUUUUUCUAAAAUUAUGUUGCAACUCCUCAAAAAUUUUCUGCGGGUGAUACAAUUGGUGUAAAUGAGUAGUAUAUUUCUUCUUUCGUACUGAAUGAAAUGAAAUUAUUGGAAGUCCUUAAGUGAA